GUUGGCAUUUAUUUGUAGGAAGCUAGUAUUUGUUGCAAAGUUAAAUAAGCAAAAUUGUUUUGGUGUAAAAGUAGUGCUGAGUCACUUUCACUAACGGAAUGUCUUCAGUGGAUCAUCUGCAACCUUUGAUUGAGCUCGCUCUCAUUCUGAUCCUGGUGUCUAAUUCAAAAGGUGAAACAUGGGGUGUGAAAGUCAAUAGAAGCUUCACGGUAGAGAAAAACAAAAGUGUGACCAUACCAUGCACAUUCAGCGUACCGCCACAGGAAUACCACGAAAACCUUCAGCUUUUCUGGAAAGUACCACUAAAAAGUACUUUCAAUACCUACGACAGGGACAUCAAUGCAUUUAUUUUUCACCCCAAUCGCACAUUUGUGCUUGAGAAAUACAGAGGAAAGACGCAGCUGCUCCCACAGGGAAACAGCAAGAGUUGCACCCUCCGAAUCUCAGAUUUCAUUGACAAUCGACUGUGUAUUUACCUAAGAGUUAUUGGAAAGACCAAAAACUACAGUUUUGUUAACAACACUGUCACUAUAUCACAGUCUGGCAAAGGAGUCCUAAUUGAUAAACCAGCGAAUGUUCUGCCGUCACUCAUGACUGCUUUGGAAGGAACAGCACAACCAAUGAUAUCAGAAACAUUGUACAUUGCCAUCUUUGUACCAUUCGCUGUACUUCUCAUCCUUGUUGUAACUGCUGUCGGAUUUGUGGUUUGGAGAAAACACACAAGGUCAGCGCCUUUAGUGAGGGAAUGCUCUGGAUAUUAUGCAAACUUCAGCAGAGCACCAUCAAACCAAACCACAAGAAAAGAAAAUUGCAAGAAAAGCGAAAACGAAAAGCUUCCAGACAUGCAGGUUACGGAAGAACCUGUGUACAUUAACAUGCAGCACCCAACAUUUCAACUGGACUCAAGUGUGGAUCGAGAAGGGGGUCACAGAGAUAGUAUAUAUGCAAAUGUCAACCAUUCUGCGUAGCGCAAAAGUUGCAAAUUCAGACUUAUUGCCAGCAAUCCAGAAUGUGCAACUUCCCAGACAGCGCUAACAAAGUUUUUGUUGUUGUUGUUGUUGUUUAUUGCACAUUGAUGAUUUUGUUAAAAAGGUCUGAUAGGAGACAUAGAUUGGAGCUACAGUCGACCCGCAUAUAUCGCUGUUAAAGGGGAACUGCACUUUAAAAAAAAAUAUCCCCAUCAUUUACGAUCCUUAUGUAAGACAAGAUCAUAUAUGUUUUUCUUUUUUUAUGCAUUCUAACUAGCAAAUAAAUGCGAUCAAAAGUCAGCUUACAAUGGAGCCCAUGGGAAUUUCUAUAUUCUGGCUAUAAAGCGCUUUAAAAUGUCCAAACACCUCCAUUAAAGUUUUAUAUGCAUGCUUUAAGUAUGUAAUAUAGUAACGGAAACAUUCCUAAUAAUAUGUA